GUGACGCCAGAGCGGCGGGAGUCCCAGUUCUGGCGUCUUGGGCUUGCAGGCAGGUCAUGGGACCCACGCAUUCGGUUGGUAGACUUGUCAUGGUUCGGGAGACCCGAGGACGAGCGCCGGGUGGCGGCUGAGGGCUGGGAGGACGCGGCGUGUGGCCUCUUGCACUGCGAAACCCGGGACGGAGAUGCACAGUUCUCGGGUGUGAAGCGGUCGGCUUUUUGGCCCUGGCCCACCUGCGGUCGCUCUGGCCUUUGAGAGCAUGAAGUGACUCCUAGGUGCAAAGUUUCCCAGUCAGGGGUACAGGGCUGAAAAGAGAGUGAAUAUGGCCAGCAUCACCCAGCUGUUCGAUGACCUCUGCGAGGCUCUCUUACCUGCUGCCCAGGCUCGCCCCGGCCAGCGCAGCGUGAACAGGAAAAAGGCAAAGUUGAGUCUUAAAAGGGUAGCCUACAAUGCUCUUUUCGCAAAUCUUUUUCAAGAGGACACCCAUCAGCGGCAGCCUGACUCGAAGCUCCCUGUGAAAAACAAGGUCCUCAUGCUGUCCUUCGAUUUGAGGGUUGGGGGCUUGGGGCCAGAGGCUGACCGUUUGGAGGAGCUUGUAGAGAAACUUGAAACAGCCCCUGACUGUCCUUUUGUGGAAGUGGGAUCAGUGUUGAACCUCUUAGUUCAGCUGGCAGGAAGUGGCCCUCCUCAAGUGCUGCGCAGGAAACGGGAUUACUUCUUUAAUAACAAGCACGCAGGCCGGAACAUACCGUACAGCGGCUACGAUUGCUAUGACUUGAGUGUGUUUGAAAUGGACGUUCGGUCACUCAUCUCUGGGCAGGAGAAUUUGUGUCAUAACAUGAUCCAGGAAGCCCUUCAGGUGAUGGAGGCUGCCCCAGGCACUGGCCUGCCCACCGUUGGGCUCUUCUCAACUGGUGACUCUUGUGGUGACAGGUUUGAGAGAGACACUAGGGUCUCUCUCUUCGGUGCACUUGUGCAUAGCCGCACAUAUGACAUGGAUGUGCGACUGGACCUGCCCCCUGUGCCAGACAGCGCCGACUUCUCCGGACUAGCCAUCAAGGUCCCACAGAUUGUGGAUCAGUGGGAAGAUGAAGGUUUCCAAUCAGCGUCCAACUUAACUCCCGACUCCCAGUCUGAACCAAGCAUGACCCCGGAUUUGGACCUCUGGGAAGCUGUGCUCACUUACGAAGCCAGCAAGCGGAGGUGCUGGGAGCGUAUUGGAUGUCCCCCUGGUCACCGAGAGGAGCCCUACCUCACUGAGGCAGGAAGGGAUGCCUUUGACAGGUUCUGCAGGCUCUGUCAUGGAGAACUACAGGCCCUCAGUGGGGGCCUCCUCCAGACCCCAAGGCCUGUGCUGGUGGAGGAAAGCGAGCUGGUGAAGGACUCACUGAACGUUCUGCUGGGUGUUGUCUCUGCUACAUUUUCCCUCUGUCAGCCGACUCAAGCUUUUGUAGUGGAGCCGGGUGUGCACGUGUCAGGUGCAUCUCCUGAAAGCAUCAGCAGCAUCCUUUCAGAGGUGGCGGAGUACGGGACCUGUUAUACACGCCUGAGCCACUUCUCCCUGCAGCCUGUGGUAGGCUCCUUGUGCAGCAGGGGCCUCGUGUUCCAGGCCUUCACCAGCGGCCUCAGGAGGUACUUGCAGUAUUACCGCGCCUGUGUUCUCUCCACUCCACCUACCCUAAGUCUCCUCACCAUUGGCUUUCUCUUCAAGAAGCUAGGCCGGCAGCUCAGGUACUUGGCUGAGCUUUGUGGUGUUGGCACUGUAUCCCUGGCGACCAGUGGAGAACCCAGGGCUGUGUUCCCCACUGGAGUGAAGCUUCUGUCCUACCUCUACCAGGAAGCACUGGAUAACUGCAGUAAUGAACACUAUCCUGUGUUGCUGUCCCUGUUGAAAACCAGCUGUGAGCCCUACACACGGUUCAUCCAUGAUUGGGUGUACAGUGGUGUCUUCAGAGAUGUUUAUGGGGAGUUCAUGAUCCAAGUUAACCACGAGUACCUCAGCUUCAGAGACAAGUUUUACUGGACCCAUGGCUACGUGCUCAUUUCCAAAGAGGUGGAGGACUGUGUUCCUGUGUUCUUGAAACACAUUGCUCACGAUGUGUAUGUCUGUGGAAAGACCAUCAACCUACUGAAGCUCUGCUGUCCCCGGCAUUACCUUUGUUGGUCUGAUGUCCCUGUGCCUCGGAUCUCCGUGAUCUUCUCUCUCGAGGAAUUGAAGGAGAUUGAGAAGGACUGUGCCGUCUAUGUUGGGCGGAUGGAGAGAGUUGCACGUUAUAGCUCUAUCAGCAAGGAGGAAAAGGAACUACGUAUGGAAAUUGCAAAACAAGAACUAAUCGUCCAUGCCCGGGAAGCAGCAUCCAGGGUCCUGAGUGAGCUGAGUGACCGGCAGAUGUCAGAACAGAUUGCUCUGGACACCCGGAAGCGAGAGCAGUUUCAGCGACUGAAGGAACAGUUUGUGAAGGAUCAGGAGAGACGCCUGGCAGCCAGACAAGAAGAGCUCGGUGAUGACUUCAGUUAUGCCCAUGAACUCCGUGCCCGGGAGAAGAGGCUAAAGGCCCUGGAGGAAGAGCUGGAGAGGAAGGCCAGGCAGGCGCUGGUUGAUCAUUAUAGCAAGUUGUCUGCAGAGGCAGCUCGUCGAGAGCAGAAGGCUCUGUGGAGAAUCCAGAGGCAUCGGCUGGAAAGCGCACGACUUCGUUUUCUCCUGGAAGACCAGAAGUGCAUUCAGGAGAUGCUGAGAGACAUGGAGGCUCACCAGCCCCAGGAGCCACUGAGUGUGUUCCCAAGCACAUGCUCUCAGGUCACAUCUCUAGGUCCUGAGCAUGAAGGUGAAGGCCAUAGCUGUGAUCUGGAGUCCACAGAACUGCGCUGCGAUUGUUCAAACCAACCAUGUGCAUCAACACCAUCGGUCCUCAAGUCUGGGGCUGGACAGGCAGAGGAAGCUGGGCCAUUCUCAACUGGUCUCAGCAUCACAGACUUUCUGCCCAUGGGCUCUGGAGAUGAACAGCCUGUGGGUAACACUGGAGCUCCCUUCUUAGAGGUGGCUCUGCAGAGCAUCUGCUCAGACCUAUCCCCUAUAACCCCCAGACCGGCACUCACAGCAGCUGGCCUGCAGCCCACCCAGUCAGAGUAUGAUUUCAAUACCAUACUGAGGCCAGCUAUGGCUACCUCCCCUUUACCGGGACCCUUCCGGGAUGUUCAGAAUAGUGUAGACAGUGAAAAACAGCAUCUACUGCGGGAUAUGCCCACAAAACCAGAUUCAUGUAUCCAUGACAUGCAAGAGACUUUGCCUUGCCUACGUCCACUCAGUCCUGUCACUCCUGUGGAGGGCAGCCUCCAGCCUGUGGGCCAGCUCCUUGAACACAUGUCAGAGACUACUGUCGCUACAGAGAGCCAUGCUUCUGGAAUGGCUCCUUGCCAGCAACUUAGCAUUUCCAGACACGUGUCAGAUGCCAACAUCAAGGUAGGAGAUUAUAUGUCAGAUGUGGCUCUGCCUCGGCCACGGUGGAAUAUCCACGGACACGUGUCAGAGGCCAACAUUGGAGUUGGGGAGAAUGUGUCGGACGUGGCUCCUUCUCGGCCACGGUGGAAUAUCCACGGACAUGUGUCAGAUGCCAGCAUCAAGGUAGGGGAGAAUGUAUCAGACGUGGCUCCUUCUCGGCCACGGUGGAAUGUCCACGGACAUGUGUCAGAGGCCAACAUCAAGGUAGGGGAGAAUGUGUCAGACGUGGCUCCUUCUCGGCCACGGUGGAAUGUCCACGGACACGUGUCAGAGGCCAGCAUCAAGGUUGGGGAGAAUGUGUCAGACGUGGCUCCUUCUCGGCCACGGUGGAAUGUCCACGGACAUGUGUCAGAGGCCAGCAUUAGGAUUGGGGAGAAUGUGUCGGACGUGGCUCCUUCUCGGCCACGGUGGAAUGUCCACGGACAUGUGUCAGAGGCCAGCAUCAGGGUUGGGGAGAAUGUGUCGGACGUGGCUCCUUCUUGGCCACGGUGGAAUGUCCACGGACAUGUGUCAGAGGCCAGCAUCAGGGUUGGGGAGAAUGUGUCGGACGUGGCUCUUCAGCCACACGGACGUGUUCAGCCUCCCUUGAUUCUGGAGGAGCCCUUCCCAGAAGCUGAGCCUGACCUCAGGUCCCAUCAGUGUCCCCCUGACCAUGUGUCUCAGACAGUCCCUUGUGUGGAAGCACAGAGCCCUGCUCAAGAAUGUGAACCUCAACUGCCUGAAGACAUGAGGCCUACCAUCUGUUCGAGCCUUGGCAGUACAGAGGAAGGUAGCCUCCAGACCAAGACCCUUGUGGCUGAGCCUAGCAUGCUGGGAAAUGGCAUCCCUGAAGAGAAAGGCCCAAGGAGGAAUAGGGAUGCUGAAGACCUUUCUCCAUGUUUACCUUCAAGCCCACAGGAAGACACACUCCCCAGUAGCCCAGGUCCUAGUGAGGAGGUACCAAGCACAGAAGCGGAGGAGGCCAGACGCUGGGACAAGGAGCAAGCCUAUUUGGCAGAUCUCACGAAACUGUACCGCCUGGAGCAGUACCCGGACAGCUACGAGUCCAUGUCGGAGCCUCCCGUGGCUCACUUGGUACACCACAUGCUUCCCCGGGCCUUCGCCUUCCCUGUUGACCCCCAAGUGCAGUCAGCAGUGGAUGAGAGUGCAGUGCAGCUGAGUGAGCUGCUGACGUUGCCUGUGCUUAUGAAGCGCUCCCUCAUGGCUCCUUUGGCUGCCCAUGUUAGCUUGGUCAACAAAGCUGCCGUUGACUACUUCUUUGUGGAGCUGCACCUGGAGACACACUUUGAGGCACUGCGGCAUUUCCUGCUGAUGGAGGAUGGAGAGUUCGCUCAGUCCCUCAGUGACCUGCUUUUUGAGAAGCUAGGGGCUGGGCAGACGCCUGGAGAGCUGCUCAACCCACUGGUCCUUAACAGCAUCCUGAGCAAGGCACUGCAGUAUAGCCUCCACGGGGACACCCCACAUGCUACCAACCUGUCUUUUGCCCUCAAGUACCUGCCUGAGGUGUUUGCCCCUAACGCCCCAGAUGUGCUGAGCUGCCUGGAGCUCAGGUACAAGGUCGACUGGCCCCUCAACAUUGUUAUCACCGAGAGCUGCCUGAACAAGUACAGUGGGAUCUUCUCCUUCCUGUUGCAGUUGAAGCUCAUGAUGUGGACACUCAAAGACAUCUGCUUCCACCUCAAGCGCACAGCCCUAGUGAGCCACACAGCUGGCUCAGUGCAGUUCCGACAGCUGCAGCUGUUUAAGCAUGAGAUGCAGCAUUUUGUGAAAGUCAUCCAGGGCUACAUUGCUAACCAGAUCCUGCACGUCAGCUGGUGUGAGUUCAGAGCCCGUCUAGCUGUGGUGGGCGACCUGGAGGAGAUUCAGCGGGCCCAUGCCGAGUACCUGCACAGGGCUGUUUUCAGGGGCCUACUGACCGAGAAGGCAGCACCUGUCAUGAACAUCAUCCAUAGCAUCUUCAGCCUGGUGCUCAAGUUCCGAAGCCAGCUCAUCUCUCAGAACUGGGGCCCGGCUACCGGCCCCCGUGGUGCCGAGCACCCCAACUUCCCACUCAUGCAGCAGUCCUACAGCACCUUCAAGUACUACUCCCACUUCCUCUUCAAAGUAGUGACCAAGCUGGUGAACAGAGGCUAUCAGCCCCACCUGGAAGACUUUUUGCUUCGGAUCAACUUCAACAACUACUACCAGGACUCCUGAGGACAGACAGGACCAUGGCAGUGAACAGAGAUAGACCUGAGGAAGCUGCUUUAUUUAGAGCCCUGGGAGAUUCAACAGGUGUGAGGCCCACCCCUGCCCUUUGGGCAAGAUGCACAAGCAGGUCACAAGGCUUACUUACUUAGGCCUGUCUGCACUACUUAAACACGGGACUGAUAUCCUAGCAUGAAGCACUGUGCUGGGGGCAUCUUGAAUGCUAGACCAGGGCAGUACUGCUGAGGUAGUAUCAGACAGAGAUGGGUCAGGUUUUGACUGGAGACCUCUGCCGUCAUGGAGAGACCGUGAGGACAGGCAUCCCAGUGGUCUCAGCAGCUCAGCAGCACUGGGGAGGCCUCGGGAGACUCCAGACAUGUGGAGCCACCGAGGCCUUUAUGAGGAUCAUGUUACGCAGAGUUCUGCUGCCCAGAGUGGAGGCCUGCUGCUGUAGGAAGACUGCUCGUCAGUGGUCCUUGCCACUGCCUCAGGGCCUGUGGCCUCCUCUUCACUGUGGUAAGGAGACUCUAGCAGCUUCAGGACACGUCGCACCUAGAGGAUAGGUGAGAAAACUCGGUGAGGAGCGUAUCUAAUGGCAUGUCCAAGACAGGAAGGGUAACAGGCACAGGUGUGUGCUUGCCUCUGAAAAGUCUCCAUUUUCUGCAGCUUCAAUGGCUUUCUGUGCAAUAUAGUUCCUUAGGACGUACUUGGGGUUGUUGGCAUGCAUGAUGCGUACACGUUCUGCCUGCCAGGCAGCAAUGUCUCCGACACCCUCCUUCUCUUUGUCCAGACGCUCUCUGGAAUCAAAUUUUUCCAAAGAACAGCAUGUGCCAUGCCCCCAAUUCGGGGCCAUCUGCAGCCACCUUGUAAGGUGGCCAUUGUAUCAAGAAGCCAGUACAGGUGACCCUGAGGGCUGCCUACCUGUAUUCCUGUAGCCAGGUUUCCCAGUGGUCUCUGUUCUUGCUCUGCAGUUCAGAGGGGCUCAGCUGUUCUAGCUGUGACUGAUGCUCCACACGUUCCAGCUCCUUUGUGACAUUUGCUUGAGUGCCAAUGAGUGCAAAGAGCUGUGGGUUCGACUGUGCCAGCAUCAGCAUCAUAGAGAGCUGCCUGCAGGGAGGGGUGGCCGGGAAGUACCUCAGCUAGGGGCAGCCCAUGACUUAGGUGCUGAGGCAACUUCCCAAAUUCCUACACACCUACCCGGAAAUUAGUUAGGUCAGGGGACCAUCUCUCCUAGGUAUGUUUCUACAAAUCUCAAAUGCCAGUUCCUCUUGAUGGUUACUGCUCCAUUCCCUACUAAAUUCCUUUUUUCAUAACCA